AUGGACAUUAAUUUAAUGAUUAAUGAUAAAUACUUAAUAAAGAAGAAAAUUUCUUAAGGGUCAUUUGGGGUGGUUUACGUGGGGUAAGAUGUGUAAACCAAUCAGUAUGUGGCGAUUAAGAUUGAAAAGAACAAUUAGGGUUCAAGUUUGGAGAAAGAAGUACUAAUGUUUAACAUCAAUAGGCAAAAAUUCUAUAGCAUUUGAAUGGGACUCUCAAUAUACCGAGACUGUUUUAUUUUGGAGAGCACAAGAAAUAAAUGCUAAUGGUAAUAAGUUUCUUGGGAAAAGAUCUCACUUAUUAUAUAAGACAAUAUAAAAAGUUUUCCCUGAAAUGUGUCCUCUUAAUUGCAGAAUAGAUGCUGAAUAUUCUUGAAAAUAUACAUCUGAAGUAAUUUGUAAUAUGAAUUUGAGAUCCGUGUUGCAUCGAGAUAUCAAACCUGAGAACAUACUUACAGGAAGGGAUAAUGAUUCAAAUUUAUACUUGGUGGAUUUUGGAAUCAGCAAAUUCUAUAGGGAUAAGAAAGGCAGGCAUAUGUAUGAUAAUUUUAGUGUAUUCCAAGCAACUUCUCUGAAAACAAACCAUUUCUAGGUACAUCUCGAUACGCGAGUUUGGGAGCACAUAAAGGAUAAGAACUAAGUAGAAAGGAUGAUUUAGAAUCGUUGGGAUAUGUUUUAGUCUAUCUUUUAAAAGGUUGAGUCUUUUAAUUUUUAUUUAGGAAGUCUACCUUGGCAAGUUUUAAAAUUAUAGGAUCAAUAAAAAAUUAAGGCUGUGGGUGAUAUGAAGGAUACAAUGACACUUCAAGAAUUGUGCAAUGGAUUGCCUAACGAAUUUGAGAGAAUGAUUGAUUAUGCACGUAAGUUGGACUUUAAAACAGCACCAGAUUAUAAAUUCUUAAAAAAGAUGUUUUAGCACUUAGCUCAUUCACAGAAUAUUUAAGAUUAAUUAAGAUAUGAUUGGGAUUAUACUCCAUCAUCAUUGUAAGUGCCAAGUUCAGAAGUUGCAGUUUUGAAACGAUCAAAAAGAACUACUGAAUAGGAACAAUAGGAAUAAUUGUAAAUGCGUAAAAAAUAAGCAUCAUCCAGUACUCUAAAUGGCUUAGAUGGAUUGUCUGGACAUAGUUUUUUAAAGACUCCUGAAUAGCAUUAUCAGAAGAUCUCAUUGGCACCUGCCAAACAAAAGAGCAACUCCAGUUUUAAUGACUCUUUUAGCAGUUGUAAUUAAAGUGGAAAUCAAAGUGUUAUUGGCAUGCCCAGUUAUUAGAAUAAUUUAUCGCAACUCUCUUUUGAAGAUCACAAUCUUUUGGCCUUGGCAUUAGAAAGCAUGAGUAAAAUCACAAAAGAACAACUAAACUAAGGAGAACAUGAAGAAAACAAUGGAGAUUUAAGUCCUUCACCCUUAGAAGUCAAAUAUUUAAAACUCAAAAAAUAAUCGAUUAAUGUGUAAUCACAAUUUCUAUAAUUUUAGUCAUUUUAAGAGAACACUUUUAUAAAUAGAAUCAAUGAAUAUACUUCCUCCUUAGUCUUCAUUUAAUUAAUGUUAGUGA